UGUGCUCUAUCAUUAUGCAAUCUGCUGGAUAACCGGAAGUGCCAACUAGUCACUCCGGAUAUGAUUGGAGUGAGACGUCUCACCGAGUCAAACCAUCUGUGCUUCCAGCCAGCUGUAACCAGGGGCCAAGUUCUCCGUCUCUGUUUUUGAAAUUACAAAGAGAUAAACAGGCCCUUGUAGCGGGAAAUGGAAGACGACGUCUUAACGACGCUGAAGAUUUUAAUCAUCGGUGAAAGUGGCGUUGGCAAGUCCAGCCUCCUCCUACGAUUCACAGAUGACACGUUUGACCCGGAGCAGUCAGCGACGAUAGGCGUUGACUUCAAGGUGAAGACCAUAUCAGUGGAUGGGAACAAGGCAAAGCUGGCGAUAUGGGACACUGCAGGACAGGAGCGCUUUCGAACCCUGACGCCGAGUUACUACCGUGGCGCCCAGGGAGUCAUCCUGGUGUACGACGUGACGAGACGAGAGACUUUCACCAAGCUGGACAACUGGCUCAAUGAGCUGGAGACCUACUGCACCAGGAACGACCUCGUCAAGAUGCUCGUCGGAAACAAAAUCGAUAAGGAUAACCACGACGUCGUCCGAGCCGAAGGGCUGAAGUUUGCAAGAAAACAUUCCAUGCUUUUCAUCGAGGCCAGCGCAAAGACGAAGGACGGCGUCCAGUGUGCGUUUGAGGAGCUGGUGGAGAAGAUCAUCCAGACGCCCGGUCUGUGGCAGAGCGAGAGCCACGGCAGGGCGGUGCAGCUGACGGACGAAGACGCCGGGGGCGGAGCCUGCGGCGGCUACUGCUCCAUGCUUUAAACCACACGACGCGACGGCAGCACACGUUAACAUCUACAACCCAAACCCCGUCUCUCUCUCUCUCCCUCUGUAUCUCGUCCUGAGCUGAGCUGUCUGUCCAGACGGUCGACCGUCCCCCACUAAGCCUUUUGCACAGUUAGUAGAAAUGAUGCUGCGCAGCUCAGUCUCAGUUUAAAUGAGUCAGGCUUUUUUUUUUUUUCUUCCUGCUGUUUUUUUUGUUUAUCGAAGUCUCUGCUUCGAUUUCAAGCUGUUUAUUUGUUCUGUUGGGUUUUUUUUAGUCAAAAUAACUCCAAAAGUGGAAGCCAAAGUUCGUCAGACAUCUUUAAUCUCGGUCUCUGUGUGAUCGGAGGGAACCAGGGUUCUCAGCUUCCAGCAUGCUGUCUUCUGUCCUACGAGCUCGUUGCCCGAGCAACCACAUCCAUAUCAAUGCUGGCCCGACUUCUCUGCAGUGUUUGACCGGGAUGUGCUUCAUCCCGCCCCCUCCUCUUCGUCCUUCUCCUCUUCCUCACAGACUCUGUCGACGUAUCGCUGCUGAUGGAGAAGCUUCUGGAAGCGGUCCUGAGGCUCGGAGCAUGCGUCGCCCGCACAACUGCCUCGUUUUUACUUCAGUGUUCGGAAUGCCGAUGUACUUUCUGUUAUUGACUUGGACUGUAAUCCUUGGCUUCGUUUCUGAAGAGCGCGUAAAUCGAAAGAGGCGGGCACCGCUGAGUGAGGACAAAGACUCGCUCAACGAGACGGAUGAUAUCAGAAACGCUGGCAGUUCGUCAGCAGAGAUCUGGAAGUAUCAAAGCGACACCGUCGGAGAAAACCCGUUCAAAGUGUCCUGUGACUCGGAUCUCUGAACACAUUGUGUUUGAGCGCCGGUAUCUUUUCCUUCCCGAUGGGUUCGGUGUCCUGAGUGGGACAGGAGGCAUUUUUUUAAACCAGUUUAUGUUUGCAUGUUUGCGUGUGCCAUUCUUUGUCUUCGUCUUUGUCCGUCUUGGGAAAUAGUCCUCUCGGACCGUUUUGUUAUAAAGAUUUUAACUUAUAUAAACUCAUUGCAUACAUGAGCGUUUGAAUUUAGAUCAGCUAAAUAUAAUUGAAUUAGAUUUUUAUGUACUGCUCAAAAAUAAAAUCGCAGUUUAUCUUAUUUUAUUUUGUGGUUAGAAACAAGUUGAACCAUGUAAAACCUUGUAAAUUGUACAUUUUAGGACUUUAAUGGGGGUCAUUCAUGUAUGAAUUGUAAAGCUGAAUGUACACAUAUCUGACUUUAAUCCGCGCGGUGUAUUAAACUGAAUAAAAUUCCUUUUUGAAGUGAA